GUAUUCACGAUCAUCGCUCGGCCCGCGCGUGCGAAGUGUCGCGGCCCCCGGUGAGAAGCGGAGCCGCGGUGUUUCCUGAGCGCUGCCCCCGGCCGGAGGGCGUGGUAGGCGGGCUCCUCACUCAGGACGUGUGGGCGAGCCGCGCGGUCCUUUCAGCUCCGUAACCUCGGCUGGUCAACGGUCCGAGCGCUGGUCUGACAGGAGACACCGGGCUAGUUAGUUAGUUAGCUAGUUAGUUAGCUAGUUAGUUAGUUAGUUAAAGUUAGUUAGUUAGUAAGUUAGUAAGUUAGUUAGUUUGCUGAGGCUCCACCCGGGGAGGAACUUCCCCCAGCGGGUCACCUCGGAGCCGGGGAGGGGCUCUGGAGGAGCGUGGUGACCUUCCAGCAGCUGGAGACCGAACGGACCUGAGCUGACCCCGGACAUGUCGGUACCGAGCCGGACCCAGCGCCUGUGAGCGGGCCUCGUGUGGACUGCAUGCCCGUCGGGAUGGCCCGGCGCUCGGCGGUGAGCCUGGUGAGACUCGGGGGUCGAGCCGUCGGGCAGCUGCUGUGCGGAGGCUCCGCUCGGCUCCUCCGCACCUCAGCCGCCAACACGUCACCCUCACCCGGGUUCAAACCGGAGAAAGUGGCGGUGGUGACGAAGACGACCCGGUACGAGUUCGAGCAGCAGCGGGACAAGUCCGAGGAGGAACUGACCCAGCAGCUUGCGUUGAAGGGCUCCAGCUACACUGGUCUGCAGGAGAGACACAACAUCCACACCUACAACGUGGAGCACAUUGUGAAGAGUCUACGGAGCGAAGGAAUCGAUGUCCGAGUGGUGAAGAGGGGAGAGUAUGAUGAAGAAGUGGUUCGAUGGGCCGACGCCAUCAUCUCAGCUGGAGGUGAUGGGACAAUGCUACUGGUGGCCAGUAAGGUUCUGAGCAAGAACAAACCAGUGGUGGGAGUAAACACUGACCCUGAGAGGUCAGAAGGUCACCUGUGUCUGCCGGUCCGUUACACUCGGGCCUUCCCAGAGGCUCUGGAGAAACUCUGUCGUGGUGAGUUCAGGUGGCUUUGGCGUCAGAGGAUUCGUGUGCAGUUGGAAGGCACCGGAAUCAAUCCCAGGCCGGUGGAUCUGCACGAGCAGCAGCUGAGCCUGGUGCAGCACAGCCAGGCCCACCGCAUCGCCACCAUGGACAGACAGCACAUUUUCUCAGAGACAGGAACGCUGCCCGAGAGCUCCUCCGAGCCCAGUCUCCUCCCCAUCAGAAGCCUGAAUGAGAUCUUCAUUGGAGAGUCUCUGUCCUCCAGCACUCAUCAGUGGAAUCUCUGUCCCACCAGGGUGAAGUUAAAAUCGUUCAAACCCCAUGUUAACCUAUUGCUCCAUAGGGCUUCCUACUAUGAGAUCUCUGUGGACGACGGCCCGUGGGAAAAGCAGAAGAGCUCAGGACUCAGCAUCUGCACAGGAACAGGAUCCAAAGCCUGGUCGUAUAACAUCAACAAACUGGCUGAACAGGCUGUGGAGGAGCUUUUAAUGAUCGGAAAGUCUCUAACACGUCUGGAUAUCCCACUUAAUCCAGAAUUUAUUGCAAAGGUGACCGAUGAAUACAACGCGUCGCUGGUGUUCGGGCCGGACGACAGACGCUUGUUCUACAGCAUCAGGGAGCCGAUCGUCAACAGGGUUUUCUCCAGCAGUCGACAGAGAGGCUUCGCCAACAAGGUGUGUGUCCGCUCCCGGUGUUGGAACGCCUGCAUGGUCGUCGACGGAGGGACAUCAUACAAAUUCAAUGACGGCGCCAUCGCUACAAUCAGCAUGAGCGAGGAAGACCAGCUUCGGACGGUGGUUCUAGAGAACUGAGACGUGUUCAGAGCACGUGGCGCCUGACUAUCAGGUGAAAGGUCAAAGGGAAGAACCGGUUUUUAGCUCCACACGUGUUUAUAUUUUUAUACCUGACGAAAAGGUAUCAAUGUUUCUAAUGUGUGAUUUGUGCUUUUUCUCCAAAUCCGAUAAAUUUAAAUCAGUUUUAAUAAAUAAAUUUAAUAAAAUCAUCCCAACGUCCAACAGGAUGUAAUCAUGGAUGAUUCAUCCUGUAGAGACGAGCAGCUUUUUCACAAAUUACUAAACUGUUAUCUGUUCAAAUCAAAGAGACUCGGAGGAGACGAAGCUUCAGUGUCACAACAUCUCAAUCAGAAUCGGGUCCGGACGAGGACGAUGCCCGUCCACGUCCGGACCCGACUGAACCGAGCAGCAGACGGAGACGUGCUGGUGAAACCACUGAUUAGACAAUCCAGCGUCUCCUCCUGAAAACACAUCUUUAGAAAUAAGUCGCAAACACUGAAGGAGUUUUUGAUUAAUGUGGAUUUUUUGGUGCUGAUAUUGAUAAUUCAGCUUAUUUGAUUUCUUUCUUCAAACCAAAUACAACCAGACACGUAGAACUUGAACUCAGAAAAUAUCAUUCAUGUAAAAUAUGAACAGAAAUGCAAAUCUUUUCUACAUUGAUCAUUCUGUAUAACAAUGAUAUUGACCAACGUGGACACUGAUGUCUGUGAAAGACGGAUAAAUAAUGUAGAGAAUCAUUUCUUUAGAAGACCCCACGUUUUCCAGUAACAGUAUUUUGACGAGGUGGAAAUGGUGAAUUUCUUUGGGGCCAUUUCCUUCAGUGGAGGAAUCCACAUCAGUUUGUACCAGUGUAACUCUGCGGCUCAGAGGAGAAAGAUUUAUCAGAAUUGUGACGUGGAAAGCACAGUGGUGGAUGGUUACGUUUGUUAUUGACUUGAGAUAUUUUUGGAAUAAAGGGUUUAUAGGAUUUAUAUUUUAUAGUUGUGGCUGCUGAGAAGAAAAGCAUUAAAUGCACUAAAAACUGAACUUUGGGCCGUUUUCUACAUUUUUAGGUCAAAAGUUUGUCUUGAAAACUUCAAACGAGAAAAUACAUUUUGGAAGUGCUUCUGCUUCUGAAACGGCUCCACGGUCCUGGAGCCAUCAUCGAUAUUUCCAGAGCACGAACACUGCUAAACGUAAAGACACUAAAUUGUUUGCGUUGUGUUUGUGACGUUUUAAAGGACAGUUUGAACAGUGGAGCCGGUUUGGAGAGUCCUGUAUAAACCUGUAAUGUCAACGAUGCAUCUUGUGACACAUGCUGGUCGACUCCUGUGUCUUUAACCAAAUGAUCAUUAAAUUGUAAAAUGCAUCGAGCCAAA